GUGUGUAGUAAUUCGUGUAUAAGUGGUUGCCUAAGCAGCGAAAAUGGCACACUCGCAAGUUCGCCAGAAUUUCCACAAAGAUUGCGAAGACGCAAUAAAUAAACAAAUCAACGUUGAAUUGAGUGCUUUUUACACGUACUUGUCUAUGGCUUACCAUUUUCAAAGGGACGAUGUCGCACUUCCGGGCUUCUACAAGUACUUUAAGGCUUGUUCAGACGAGGAACGCGACCACGCACAUAAACUAAUGGAAUAUAUGAAUAAAAGAGGAGGGCACGUUAUUUUGUCGGAUAUUAGCGCCCCUGCAAAGCAAGAUUGGGGCACAGCGCAAGAGGCUAUGUUUGCCGCACUAGAGCUAGAAAAGAAUGUGAAUGAGAGUCUUCUUAAUCUUCACAGUACUGCUUCUGGACACAUGGACGUGAAUUUGUGCGACUUCUUGGAAACUCACUACCUGCAAGAGCAAGUGGACGCUAUCAAAGAAAUCGCUGACCACGUUACUAACUUGAAACGCGUAGGGGAAGGUUUGGGGGUGUAUAUGUUUGAUCAAACCUUGGGGGGCGAGCAAGAGUAAAGUCAAUAAUUGGGGCACGACGAGAGUAUUUUUACAUUUUAUAUAUAUAACGUGUCUUUACGUCGUACUAGUACUUUCUACCAGCUCAGAAUGUCUGCUUGCACAAUGGAAUACGAAUAACACUGUAUUUUCCGACAUACAUACAUACAUACAUACAAUAUGACAUACACAACAAGAUUUUAACGUCGUAGUGUGAGAAUUUAUAACCAUGUAUACACUUAUAGAGUAAGUAGAUGAUGAAAUUAAUAUACGGUAUGUUUCACCAUAAUGCGCCAAUGAUGUAUUGCUUGAAGGCGCAGGCGCGCGACGAAUUGUGGUGAAAUGAUCUGUAGAAUUAGAUAAUUGACGAGCGAUGCUUUCGAGUCAUUUUUAGCAAAUAGCUAGAAAUGCAAGUCAAUUUGUGAUUAUCUUGUGAUUGAUGAGUAAUAAACUGAGUCAAUUAUCA